CUCACACAUAGUUUUUACUAUUUACACGGUUGAAAAAUUAUUUAUAUUUGGUGAAGUGUAUCUGUAUGUUCAGGUGUAGGUCUAUGGACUAUAACAUUCCUUAUAUAAAUAUUAUAUCUGUAUUUACUACGCACCUAUGAAGAUCACCCCAGGAUUAUAAAAUUACUCGCAGUGAUUUUUGUUUUCUUGGAAAUGAAACUAAUUAUUAGAAGUUCUCAAGUUGUAGACCGACCAAAGACGACAUAUGAUAUUGCGAGAAAUGUUGUGGCGAUAAGUAUAGCUUUUAUGAUAAGUUCUACAGCCUAUAGCGGUACAAUAAACCUUCAGAGUUCGAUCAAUGCGGAUGCUGGGUUAGGUACAUUAGCUCUGGGCAUUUCCUGUGCAGGAUUUGUAGUGUCAAACAUGUUUCUACCAGUUCUGCUUAUUAAAUGGAUCGGCACCAAAUGGACGAUAUGUAUAUCCUUUCUAGCUUAUACGCCAUAUUACGCUGCACAGCUGUAUCCAAAUUUUUACACUCUCAUACCAACAGCUUGGAUAAUGGGAUUUGGCGGAGCAUCGCUAUGGUGUGCAAAGAGUGCUUAUUUAUGUGCAGCAUCCGAGGAUCAUAAAAAUAUAUCCAACAUCUCUUUGGAUAUUUUAUUGUCCCGCUUUUUCGGAAUCUUCUUUAUGAUUUACCAAUUAAAUCAGGUUUUUGGAAACCUUAUUUCAUCUCUAGUGCUUUCAUUAGGAGAUAACGAGGCAGCAGUUACAGCAGUUAAUGACUCCAUCAUACCAACAUUGUGCGGUGCUAACUAUUUUCCAAGCACAGACGCGGACAAAGCAUUGCAGGUGCAACCAAAGGAAAGAAUACAAAUUAUAGCAGGUAUAUUUGUCGGUUGUACGAUAAUUGCAGCCCUCAUUGUUGCUAUUGUUGUUGAUCCUAUACAAAGCAACCAAGAUAACAAAAAUACGUCAAUGAAUGGUUCUGUAAUGACUCGAACGUUAAAGGUCCUUAUCGAUCCUAAGCAAAUCUUGUUGAUUUUCUUCAACAUCUUCACAGGGAUGCAACAAGCUUACUUUGCAGCUGAUUUCACAGCGUCAUUCGUGUCAUGCGCAAUAGGUGUUGGAAUAGUGGGCUUUGUUAUGAUGACUUAUGGAUUAGUUGACGCCAUAGGAAGUGUUACGGUUGGACAAUUGGCGAAGAAAGUCGGACGUUUACCGCUUAUGAUUGCAGCCUUUGUAACCCAUUGCUUUAUACUGGUAUUUCUUUUGUCUUGGAGCCCACAGUCUAAUCAGAAAUUUGUUGUGUACAUCCUUGCAUGUCUGUGGGGCUUAUGCGAUUCUGUCUGGAUGGUUCAGAGCAGUGUUUUCUACGGAAUUAUCUUCGCAGAUAGAAAAGAGGCAGCAUUUUCAAGUAUUCGGUUCUAUGAAUCAAUUGGAUUUGUCAUAGCAUAUUUUAUAUCACCUUAUCUACGAACUAAUGUGAAGACUUUCAUUCUAUUGUUGACAAUGGUUAUAGGAGUGCUGCUCUAUUUUGUACUGGAAUAUAAGGAAAAAAAAUCCAUUACAUUAAAUCCUACUCCACAGUUGAACAGCCCGAAUAUGGAAUUAGAUUUCUGUGAUCAGAGUUCACAAAAUAAAAAGUCGAAAAGAAGUAUGUCUGACGGAGAUACGGUGUUGUGAGACCUUGAAAUAAAAAUAUACACAUUAGUAAUAUUGCCACAUUAAAUUUCAGAUAAACACCAUCCAUAUUUUUUUCGAUUUUUUUAUUUCCGAUGACCGUCUAUAAAGCAAUAAAAAAAUCAUAAUAAUUAAUAAAGUUUGACGUCGUGGUGGCUUAGAGGUUAAAAGUCCGCCUCAGUACCCUCAUGCACGCCUCUCGUGCAUGAGGGUACGGGUUCGAAACCUGGCAAGUACCAAAGUGAUUUUUCCGAGACAUACAUACUUUCUAUUUAGACACCACUGACAGUCGGUGACGGAAAACAUCUUGAAAAAACCUAGACUUAUACUUUUAAAAUUACAAGUUUGAAAUCGAGCAAGCGUGGUGAUUAAUUCUCAAACCUUCUCCGUGUGAGCUCCCAUAUGCUGAUGAUAAUGAUGAUGGUGAAAGUUUGAGGAUUUAAUUCUUUUGAAUUAUUUCCCCUUAUGCCAAUAAGUAGUAAGAAGUAAACGUGAUUCAUAUUUAUAUUAGACCGUUAUGAAAAAGUUCUCAAGCUAACAAAGUUUAGACCUAUCUAUGGUGAACACCAGAACCAUGCGUGUCAUAAACAAACACAAUCGCCAUUCUCGUAAUAAACGAAUUAGUUUUUACACCUGGUGUGUAUUGUAUUUAUUCCUAGCAAAAGUAUUUUUGUUGUAUUUUAGUUAAACAAAUAAACUUUAAACAUAUUUUAAAAUGAACAAGCUAUUGAACCACGUGCUAUGAAAUAUAAUUUAUUGUUGGAAUGUUAAUAAAAAUAGAGACGAUGUUUUAACUAUAGAUAUUUUUAUAUAUUAUUUAUAUAACAGAUUAUUUAACAGGAUAAAACAUACAUAUAUUAAGGUGUGCAUCUUGUGUAUACUUUAUUUAUACAGGAGCAAAAAAAAACAUUGAUUAGAAGACGAAGAUGAACCUCAUCGCAUUUUGUUUAUUAUAAAUAGAUUUUAAUUUCUGCUGGCUUUGUCUAAAAACUAAGUAACUAAAAUGAAUUAAACAUAAUUGUUUUUAUUCUAAUUUUAACAAAAUCCUUUAUUGUUGGUCUCAAAACCCUCAAUUUAGUUUUCACAACAUAAAACUAAUAAUAAUACAAAUUGUUUUCAAUAAUUUAAAAAAGAUACCAUUAACAACAAUGAUUGGCAUACAACGUGGUUUUCGUGAA